AUGCAUGGACGUAAUCCAAAUGUACAAAAAUUAGCAGUUCAUCUUCCAAAUCACCAAACAGUUACAUUUUCUGAAGAAGAUAAUUUGUAUGAUAUAGUUAAUAAUGAAACUAGAUAUAAAACUACUUUAACAGCUUGGUUUCAAGAAAAUAUGAAUAAUAUUGAAGCACAAAAUUAUAAAUAUACUGACUUUCCAGUAUAUUAUACUUGGAAUGUAAAACUUCACAAGUGGAAUUGUGCUACUUCAUUUGAUAAUUUAAAAACUGUUAAUAAACAGAUAUGCAGAACCUUUAAAAAAGCUUGCACUUGCCUUAGACUUCUUCAAAAUGAUAAUGAAUGGAAUACAUGUCUAUAUAAAGCAACAUUAUGUAAAGAUAUUUUAUAUGAUGCACAGCAACUUACUCCUUCACAAACUAUUAUAUUAAAUGAUACAAUAGAAAAUGAAGUAUUAAACCAAAUAGAACAUUAUCUUCAAUCAAAUGGAAUGUCGCUAAAAAAUUUUCCUCAUAUGCCAAUUCCUUCAAUACAAAAUAUUCAUUCUAACUUUGCUAAUAAUAAUUUAGAUCAAUUAAUUUAUGAAGAAAGAUCAUAUGAUACCAUUUAUUUGACAGAACAAGUGCGUCAAAAUGUUCCUCUAUUGAAUAAAGAACAGCAUUCAAUAUAUAACAAAAUCAUCCAAGCAAUUAAUAAUGAAUGUGAAAAUAUAAUAACACUUCCUUCAGAUAUAACAAUACAUAAAGGAACUCUAACAAACCUAAUUGAUUUUGUUUAUCCAGAUUUGAUUGAAAAUUCUGGCAAUGCUAAUUAUAUGGUUAGCAAAGCAAUCUUAACUCCUAAAAAUAUCAAUGUUGAAAUUAUUUCAGAUAUUAUAAUGAAAAGAAUACCUGGUGAAGUUAUUUUAUAUCCCAGUGCUAAUUUAGUAAAUUUACCAGAUGAUA